AUUAUUGGAAGUAAAGUUAGACUCUGAUUGUCCCUCUCUCCCUCCCUUAUUUCUUUUAUUUUACCGAAAUCGCGAUUUCUUAUUGAUAAUUGCAUAGAUAUGAUAGCAUUUUAGUUUAUUUUAUAGUAUGUUUCGAGAAAUUGGUAACACAAUCAGAUCUCCUCCUACUCCCAAUAAUGAAAUUGAGUGUUCCAUUGCAAUCACACAGAUAACUCAGAAAUGGUUUUUGUUGAUUGUGGAUGUUGUAUCUAGUCAUUUCCAGCAACCAGCACUAAAUCUUAUGGCAGCACUAGGUUACUUUCUUACACUGCACGCCAUGAACCAAGUAUUUCAAGAACAAUGGAAGAUCCGGCGUUAGAGUUAGUAUUCCAUAUUGUAGAGAAUAUCCUGGUAAAGGAAGGUUGUUAAAUCCAAUAUCAUAUUGCACUAAGAUUACCAUCAUAUAUACUGUAAUUAAAUCUUCCAUUUGAUAAAAUCCAAUUCGUACUUCUCAGAUAUUGUGGAAAUGAUUAUAUAUGUUAGCUAGGACGAGAUAUUCGUGCAUGAUGUUCUUGAUUGCGAGAACAUUUAUUGUAUUAAUAAAAAGUGAUUGAGCCUUUUAUCUCCAACUAUACUUUAUUCCGGGACGGG